CUGGAGCCGCUUUAGGAAUCCAGUCCAAAUGUUUUCCAUAUUAGUUCAGAGUCUUCUCUGUUUCCAAAUAGCAGCCGAGCAGGGCUUAUGGUGAGAGGAGGCCCUGGCAGGGAGGGGAAGGGAAGGGGAGCGAGGCAGACGGCAGGCAGGCUCAUCCACCCCAAAUACUGCAACAGUAAAAGUCGAGAGUACAGAGAGGGAAACAAGUGUAAAGAAAGGAGGAGAAAUGGGGCAGGGGCAGAAAGGUUCCUCAGACAAGAAGGAGGGCAAGAAGAAGAAGAGAGAUGAAAGCCCAGCACCGGAGGACGGCCAUAAGUGCAGAGUAUGUCGCUUCCCUCUGCUCGUCGCCCUGUUCCAGCUGCUGUUGGGGGUGGCCGUCACAACCGUGGCCUUCCUUAUGUUGGCCAUCAGCCCCUCACUCCUGGCCAGGGAGACGCCACACUGGGCUGGGAUCAUUCUGUGUUUAGUUUCCAUCCUGGGCUUUAUCCUGUACUGUAUCACCUACCUCCCUGAUGAGAGAACGUUUAUGCAAUUCACUGGCAAGCUCCUGUACUUUGUCCUGUGUACAAUCGGCCUGGUCAUUUCAGUGCUGGUUAUGGCGUUCGCUGGACACCACUACUCACAGACCAGUAGCUUCAGCUGUGAGCAGGUGGGAGAGGACUGUGUGUGCAAACUGGAUCAAGCUGACCCGAUCGCCCGCACCUUCACCUAUGAGGGAGUCAGCGACUGUGAGGUGAUCACCGGGACACUCACACUCUACUUCCUGCUCCAGAUCGUGCUAAACCUGGUCCAAGCACUCGUCUGUGCCGUCGGUGCCUUCAUCAUGUGGAAACACCGUUACCAGGUCUUUUAUGCUGGUCUUCAGAUUGGCUCCCCCUCCUCCCAGCAGUGGCAGAAGGUUUAACGUGGCAGAGUUGAUGGGAUGACUCUGAUCAGUCAGAUCAGGAUGGAGGGUGAUGCCAACUGUGUGAUUACACUCUGAAGGACAGGGACAUUUGCCUUUUUGGUGUGUGCCUGAUUGUGUUUUCUUUGAUGUCAGUUUAUAUUAACCUUUUGUGCUAGUUGUACUUUUUGCACAAAUUUUGUAUACCAUAUAAAUAACUUUGUACUUCCAGUUGUCUGAUGUUAUAAAAACAACUUGAAUAGAGGAGCAAAACAACUCUAUUUUUGAAAAACUAAAACCAACUAUUUGUGUUCCACGAUAAUGACGCAAUGUUUGUAACUAUCUUGACAUUUGCUCUUGUGACAUACAGCUUAUAUACAUAUGCAAUACUAGACAAAUUAAAAGCACAACACUGAAACCAAACAAACCAUUUGUUAUGCACAUAACUCCAAAAAUGAACAUGAUCUGGCAAAAUUUCCUUUGGUCUGAGUUAUUGAGAUUUAAUAAUCAUGAUUAGUUGCUGCAGUGAUGCUUUAGGUGGCAUACUGAAUCACUGUGUUAAAUGACACUGUCAAAAAGGAAAAAGGCCAAAUAUUGUCUAAAUGCAGUAGCAAAUAUUAGUAAGACAUCCUUUUUUAUCUUAAUUGACUGAAAAAAUAAUACAUUCUUUAUUAGUUUAUUGCUUUUCGAUCAGAAAAUUACAUUGUAUUGAAGUUUUUAACUCUAUAAAGUUUGCAGCUGCCUGCUGUAACUCAUUAUCACGUUUGACGCACACACAAAAAAGCAACUAGGUGGAUUAAUUCCAUGAAUAACCUCUGUUUUGUUUCUUUUGCUUAUUAUAUAAACAUAUGCAGCUCUUUUAUGCAGCAAUAUUGCAUAAAAUCCUUGAUGAAAAAAACAAAACAAAGGACAUUUCAGCUGAUAGAAGUAAUCUCUGUAAUACUCCAAACAGGCUAGUUAUAUGCACUAAAAGCGGAUCCUGACAGCAGCAACACAAUCUGGGCAGAGGACACUUCAUGAGACUGGAUCCAGGCUGAACUGGGCUGUGGCUUGCAAAGGUGGUGCCAGGCCAUAGCCAGCAUGACUCAAACAGCCUGUAGGAGUCAAACUACUGCAGCCACAAAGGGAGUGGGGAGUGGGGCCGGGGUGAGGAAAGGGGGACUCAGACAGGCAGCAGGACCGAGGUAACAAAAUCAUCUCACUGUGUUUACAACAUUUCAGUUGUUUUCAUUCAGACAGGACAGAGCAAGAGGGAUGCAACAACCACAAAAUUUUAGGUUCGUAUUUUCAAAAUGCUUUGCCUUCUGCAGAGCUUCAGCUUUAUCUCAUUCUUACUCUCAGCUCAGGUGCCGACAGCAGUCACCUACUGUAUAUACAUGCUAAGCAGGGAAUGGUAAACAUGAGGCAGUUUCCGUAGCAAAUUAGAUCAAACGUGCCCAGAGGGAGAGUGUAAUUAGUGUGCAAUGUUACAUCUGUUUUGUCAAUGAUGAAAAAAGGUUAACUGACUGGAGAUGGUUUAAGAAUAUUUUUUUCACAGAAGCCUUAAAUGUGGUGUGGUGAGACAGGAGCGUUUCAUUUAGAUAAAAAAAAAGAUGCCAAUGAGUGCAUUUCAUCUUUUAAGACUGUCAUACUGUUUGUGGUUACAAAUACAAGUCUUUGUUUCAGUUAUAUGCAGUUUCCUUUUUUCCUGUUUUGUCAACACACAUAUACAGUUAAUAAACAGAAAGAGCCAACUCAGACCCAAAAUGUCACUCAUGUUCAAAUGAAUAGAUUUGCUUCUGCAGGUAAUGGCAUUAUUAUUAGUAAUGACUGAAACUGAGCAGAAAGAGAAUCAGUGAGCAUCUCUUAAAUAUGCAUCCCCCAAGCCAAAAACAUUUUUAUGCUGCACAAAAUACAGCCUAAACAUGAGGCUAGCAUAUUAUUAAAAUUUAUGGAAAAAUGCAUAUUAUAACUGAAUCAUCCAUAUUAACAACAAUGCAGCUGUCAAAGUUAAGGCAGAUUGUAUUACUAAUCUGUGAUAUCAGCAAGAGACAAAGUCGUCACUGUCUGAGCCUGGAUGUGAUUUACUGUGAACUAUUAAUUUAUACAAGUUAACUGUGACUGCUCACAGUGAUUAACUGAUGGCAUCCCCAGGGAUCAGUCUCUCAUGGCAACACAUUUGGUAACAUUCAUCAUUAAAUUUUUUAAGCUUAAAAAAAUUAUCACCAUUUUUUUCAGUUAGCAGGAUAAUAAAAGAAGUAGUGUAUUAUAGUGGGAAUGAUUGAUUAAUUCUGUUGAAUGAUGCAUUUCACACAGUAGACACUCAUACUGUACAUACUGCAUCUACAUGUGACGGAGGGCUGGCUUGUUUGCUGUGUUUUUCCAUGCUUAUUGUUAUGAUGUUGAUGCAUCAUGUGACUACAAAGGCUCAAUCUCGCAGCCAGACACAGGAAGUCACAUGACUGUCAUCACGGGGGCAUGUUUAUUUAUAAAAAUGAGGAGGCACUGUCCACCCUCGGUCAGUAACAACUUCCUGUGUGGUGAAUUGAUCUUUCAAGGCAAAAAAAACACUGAAUGAUAUCUGAUUCUGGUGGCCACUGAUGUUGCUGUGAGUCUUUAGAGGAGACUGCAGAAGACAGAAGAUCAAUAUGUAUAUUGACACGAAUCUCAACUACUUUCACAGAAACUUGAAAACAACAGACUGAACUCUAUUCCAGUAUUUUAAUUACGUAAUAAUGUUAAUGUUUUUAUCUACAGUAUAUAUUGUUUAUAUGCCGUUAAAUAUAUGCUUUAAUUAAAAUUUAUAGUUUGAAUGCAAAUGAUUCUUCCAGCGAGAUGGAUCCUAUUGGUCAGCCUCCAGCCACAGAGGUGUUUGGGACAUUGCCUUGUAUUUAUUGACCUUCUCUGGGUGUUUUCUCACUCUCACUACUGAAUACACACUGGCUAAGCACGUGACUCUUGACUGUGGUUUGCAACGAGAUUCAUGACUGUGAUCCAAAUGUGUCCAAGGUUGUGUUCAUAAAGUAAAUAAUUCACUGCUCACUUGCAUUAACAAAGUUCAGUGUAUACUGAGAGGAUGAAAUGAAGCGGACUAUCUUGUGUAUUAUCCUAAACUGAUCCCCCCCCCCCAAAGUCAUUUUAAAAGUUUUGUUGGUAAGUGGACAUCAAAGUUAAAUGUUUUCUUUCCACGGUCAAAAUCAUCAAAAUAAAUCUCAGCUGAUAAAAUGGUCUGUUUAGGAGGCGAUGCAGACCGAAGCAGUGAAUAUUUGUUUAGUAUCACACUACGGCUAUAAGACUUUUGCCAGACAGUACUGAUGGUCCUGGUAUUAUCCUCCUCCCUCUGUGAGUCCAAUACAUUCCAGUAAUGCUGCACUUUACCCAUCUUGUCUGCAUAGUGACAGCUGCUCACCAUUAUAGCACUGCGUGAGCUAAUUUUAAUGGCUGUCACAGGCAGCAGGCGCAAAUGCAGGCCUGCCAGCGUAAACAUCGAACUGAAGCCAAGAAGGAUGGGAUUCUCUGUAGAGGGUAAAUGACAGGACAGGAUAAAAGACCAGUUAAGGCCUUUCUGUGAUUCGUUUAUUAUCUCAAAUAUGUUACACAAGCACAAACAUACAGACAAUCAACCAGCCACAGCUUUGAAUUAUCUAUUUCCACAAGUACUGAGUGUUAAAUUACCAACAAUGUGAAUGGAUGUGUGACUGACAGGCCCAAAUAUAACCAAUGCUUCAUACCUGUAAAGGAAAUUAAUUUCUUUAUGAAUAAAAACGCCACAUGACAAAGGAAAGACACAGCCUUUUGAAUAGAUAGAAGCACUCAAUGAGAGUAACUUAAGAUGCUUUCUAUUUUAUAUCUCCUAGAACAGUCUAAUGUACACCCAGAGCCCUUUCAGAUGAACUAAUGUACCCCUUCAUCGACAGCACCUGUCAUGUUUCAAAUGUAUUCAUUUGCAAUGACUUUAAACUGGGUGUUAUUUAACACUUUAUUAUAUUAAGGUGGAUAUUAUUACAAAACAUUCUUCAUACAAAUUGUAUUGUUUGAGUCAGUUUGGUCAAGUUGGCAUUUGUACUACUACCACUUGUAGUGGCAUAAUCUAGACGUUUCAGCCAUUUAACUACCCACUAUUUUAACUACCUGUUUCAACUGCUCAUCCAUUACUUUUAGCUUUCUAUUUCAACCAUUUAUCCAUUACUUUCAGCUGGGCUACAAGUACCCGUGGUUGGGAAUCGCUAUGCUAGAAAACAUCUAUAAUCUCUUAUUUCUGUACUUUGAUUACUUAAUUAAAUUUUUAAAAAGAGUGUUAAACUUGGAUAACAGCAAAGCUCAUAAAGUAGACUGACUAAGAACAAAGGUUCACUUCCAGAGUCUGGUCUAGUCUCUCUGCAUCAUAUCAGCUAUUAAUUAGCUGCAAUUAAAUGUCAAGAUGAGCUACACAAAAGCAGUACAGUGACGGCAUGUGCAGCAUAUCUGUUAACUUUGCUUUUAAUAUUAGAUGACUAUCCCUGCUGCAUGAAAUAUGAUCCUGUCUGAAUGAAGUCUCUUCCUGUGCUACCUUCAUGGAUAAGUACAAGUGUGAGUAAACAAUGAGUGUGUGGGUGGGUGGGUGCAGAGGGGGUCAGGGUGAGUGUGGGGGAGUGCUCAUUCAUCCCCAACAACAACAGGGACUGAGGCAAACUCUGCUAGAAAGCUACUCACGUCAUUGAGUCUUCUUACAAAUUUAUUACAACAUCCAACCACAUAAAACACAUUUUUCUAUACACUUUGUUUCAACAGAAAGUGUCACGGGACAGUUAUCAUCAAGUGCACACACUCAUAAUCUGCCAUUAGUGUGUGCAAGUUUAAAACACAAGUUCAGAUUUAACAAUCAAUGGCAGUCCAAGAGAGACUAGUGAGGAUGAUUUACAC